AUCCUUUUAGAAACGGCAACUUUGUACAGUCAGACUGAGCCGCAAACCAAGUCCAGCGGCAACAACUCCCCCCUCUUCGCUUUCAGGAUGUUCUACCGGCACUCUUGGUCAAUAUCUGGAUAUCGCCCGACGGAGCUUAACCGCAGACUUUGGAAAUAAUUUCCAUUCGGGGAACUUUGGCGGCUCCGUAGCUAAUGAGGAGUUAAGCGAACCGUGGCGAAGAUUAGCUAACUAAGCUAACAACCAUAUUCAAUGAGAGGAGGCGAGUGAGUUUUUCUGCAGGUUUAUUUGAAGCACCUGAACCUCUGCAACUAUGCUCUAGGUCUUUAUAGCCAGCGUAGGUAGUUUGGGACAUAUAUAUGGGGUUUUAAAGCUACCAUGGAGUGCUACAACAUGGAUCAUAAUAAGCCUAAUUUGUUUUGGGGGUUGAGAUCUGUGCUGUUAUCAGUUAUGGGAGAUUGCUUUCAUUGAUUUCGCCCUUCCCUGGUAAAACACAUGCUAUGAGGCUGCCAGGAUAUUUCUCAGAGGAGGCGUGUUAAGCUGUGAUCGUCGUUUUCAUUUUGCAAAGAAUGUCCGACUUUGAAAGUUCGUAUUUCGGUCUUGAAGAUCCGCAGUGGCUAUGCAUGGUCACGCUCUUCUUCGCAUCCCUUGUUACCCUGAUACUGUAUUUCGUACAGUAUUUCCAGCAAGGGGGUGUAGGGAGCAAGCAGACAGCAGCAGAGGACAAUGCGGCGAAGGAGGAAGCCGCGGAUCUGCUGGGAUGGGCGCUGUCACUGAAAAGCUGGAGAAGUCAGUGGAGAGGAGCUUGGUGCAGGGCUUUGAAUGACCAAUCGAGGAAGCGUGGGAGUCCUGUUCUGUUGACAUUUGAAGAAGAUGAUGUCGAGGCGUCAGAGCUCAUGGUCAGCCAAGUGUCCAGCUUUAAGAAGUCUGCUAGAAACAAGGCCGCUUGCUGCAGUGUGGUUGGGGAGAAGCUUCAAUUCACUGUCAGUGCAGCGUCGACAGCCAUGGCUACAGCAGAUCCUUGUAAAUACACAGUCUGUAUAGCUCCACUGGAGCUGCAGCUUGAUCUACAGAUGCAAGAAGCUAAAGAUGACGUCAAGGUGAGCUGGGGAGUGUCUCACCUGGAGACAAGGGAGCUGCAGGUGACGCCCACUUUCACCCAGGAUAAUGCCAACACCUCCAGUGUAGCAGCCGUAAAGGAGCAGCUGAGACAGCUGUUAAGUGUGACGCGCCCCUCUGUGUUGCUGAGCUGCAGGCCUGCUCAGGCCUCAGAGGUCAAGGAAGCACACAACAACGUGGUUUCACCCCCAAAGCCCCCCCGUGCCCACGACUGGAAGCUGCUGGUGAAGAACAUCCGGGUGACACUGAAUCAGGAGGAGGAUGCUGCAGGCAGCAUGAAUCCUCUGUGUGUACUGCAGUUGGACGAUCCUCCGCAGAAGUUUAACACCUCUGUUUCAAAGAACACAACCAAUCCUGCCUGGGACCAGCCGUUUAUUUUUGAAUUGAACGGACGAUCAAAAGAGCUCAAUGUUCAGCUGAUGAAUGACAGACAACCUCAAGAGAAUUUGUUACUCGGUCAGGUGUCAGUGCCUUUUGAUCUUGUAAAGAAGCAGCCCAAAGGACAGCAAACAUUUGCACUCAUGACCAAAGAUGUAGUGACUGGUUCACUUACUACUGAUUUUACCUACCUGGAGCCCAGUGAGGUGAGGUCCUGGCACCCUCCCACCCCAGCCUCCCAUAAGAAAGUGGAGAUGGACCGUACAGUGAUGCCCUGCGGCACGGUGGUCACCACCAUCACAGCGGUGAAGAGCAAGCCGGGUCGACCUCUUCCUCCUGGACUUACCUUAGAUCCUGCCCAGAAAGCGGUGGCCAACAAGCCGAAGCUGUCGGAGCGCCGCGUCUCAGAGCAGGCGACCAUGCUGGGGACCACAGUCAGCAAGGCCUUGUCCUCCUCUGACACUGAGCUGCUGAUGCUCAACGGCACGGACCCGGUGGCCGAGGCCGCCAUCAGACAACUCCACCAGUCUGCCAAGCAGAAGCUCAAGUCCCCAGUGAAGAAGAGUACCAUCAUCAUCUCCGGCAUCGCCAAAACGCCCUUGUCUCAGGAUGAUGAGCUAGCUCUUAUGGCGGGCUACGCCGCAGCGAUGGACGCCUCGAUGUCAGAGGGCAGCUCUACUCAGGAUGUGACCACAGCGAUUGCGUCAGGGACCAGUAGCCCUCCAGACGCGUCAGAGCCCCAGGAAGGCCCGAGCGGAAUCGGCCGGCCCCCACAGGACUGGGAGAGCCAAACCGGCGAGGAGCUAGACCAUACCUCACUAUCCAUGUGUGUGUCUGAGGCGAGCUGCAAGAAGAGACGAGGCAGCUUCUUACAGAAGAGUGCCAGGCUCUUCUUCCGCCGGCGUCACCAGCGCAAGGACCCGGGGAUGAGCCAGUCGCACAAUGACCUGGUUUACCUGGAGUCUCCAGCCGCAGUGGAGCGGGCCAGCCGAACAGCCACGCUUAGCCGCAUGCUCAACCGCAAGAGUAGGAAUAAGAGCAAAGCCAAUGGCUCUACCUCCAUGGGGGAGCCACAUGCGUGACCCCCCUCCUCUCCUCCUCUCUUCCUCACCUCAGUCCCUCCUACAACAACUACCAUCACCAUCUCCACCUCAAACUUGCACUGGCUAACUUACUCCUCCUAAUGCCCGACCUACAUACUGGGGCUCCUGCGUUGUGAAUGGGAAAGCUGUGCAGAUGGAAAAAUAUCCUCUCAUACUGCCGUUUCCUGCUUCCUUCGAGAAGCAGACACUUCACCGAAAGCAAGUGUGUGCAUGUGUGAAUGAGGGUCUCCUGUCUGGGGAUUAAUGGCAUUUAAGAGGAUAUUAUUUUGCAUGUUUCUUUCAUCUAAUUUUAUGCAACAUUUUUGAAAUCUUUAAGUGCUUUCGUGGCCUUGUUACAGACAGAAGGGACUGGUGUGGACUGUCACGCUUUACUUUGCUGUCGCCGAGGACGAAGAGCAAACUCUCCCUGUUGUAAUCCGUACAUUUCCUACGGUGGAACAACAGGACCAAAGAUGAAGAGAAGAGUGGUGUUUGUAUGAUUUGCACAGUUUUAGUAUCUUUAUUUAAAGUGCAAUGACAGGAGCUGCUCUUGUGAUAGAGAUUCUUGUUGAAAACAUUAGCAAAGGGAGAUCUUUUCGCUGCGGGGGAUAUAUGAGUAAUACGACUACUUCUUGACACUAAUACUAUGAAAUAUGGUAUUUAUAUCGACUCAUUUAAAAAUCCUUGUAGUUUUAAUCAACAUAAAAAAAGACCAGAGCAGCAGCUGUAUGUCAUGUGCGUAUAAAAGCUGUAAAACAAAGCUAUUUACAAAAAUGUAAUGUGACAGCGGCCAUUAACACAAGUUAUCACCCCUCCAAAAGGAAUAAAAGAAGCAGUGACACAGUGCUAACAUGAAACUUUAGCUUUCAAAUCAUAUGCAAUUCUUCUUUGUCUUCCUAAAAAAGAUUCUUCCUGUACACUACUGUUAUCAGCAGGGUUGUUAAUGUGUCAAAAGGGAACUAAACGAACCUCAAACCAGGGCCUGUGACGUUACACUCGGCCAUACUCGUUGCAUUAACGAAACCUGUUUCAAAUGAAAUGAAAUCCUCGUUCUUUUAUCGGAUGUUUUAUCGUUUUUAAAAAGAUGUAGCUUUGAACUCAUGAACAAGAGAACGUGUGAACACCUUUGGGAGCAACCAAACAAAUUGGCUGCUUUAUGUUUAUUUUUUUUAUCCAGCUAAUGAUUGUAUUUCCUUUUUGUGAGCAGCUUGUUGAAGACAUGUCUCUGUACAUCAUGUUAACUACUGUUUCUUCAAUAAGUUAUGGACGCAGCUGUGACAGACAAACUAACAGAUUGCCUUAUAGUUAUUCUGAGGAUGACGUCACUGGUGGGGUGGACUCCGCUCUACGUGGCUUUUUUUGUGGGGGGGGGGGGGG